GUUCUUACUUCCAAGCCAAUGCCAAUAAAGAAGCAGGAGCGGGAGAUGAAAGUGUCGGCACUGAAAGUGAUAAUAAUUUCUCGGGUCAAUUCUCUUUCAUGGAUAGUUUACAAGCGAUUAACAAGUUAAAAAACCUCGGAAGUAUGAAACCCGAAGGCAUGGAUGAAGGCAUGAAAAUAAAAUUUGACGAGGAAACUGUGGGAACAGAAUUAAAAGGCCGACAUCCAGGCUUAAUUAUUUCGGAUAACUGGUAUAACGAGGAAGGGGAACGAGUAAUUGUUAUGCCCUGCUCUACUACCUUAAACCCCAUUUAUCCUUUUGAAGUUUUUAUCCCUAAUUUAGCCAAUAAUGGAAGAGAUGGAAAAAUUAUGGUCGACCAGAUAAAAGGGAUUGAUAAAACUCGGUUAAUGGGGCGAGCCGUUAAUCGCUUAAAUGAGAAGCAAUUGGAACAGAUUAAUGAGAUAAUGUUAAGAUUAUUUAAAUUGAAAUUUG